CUCUCUCGUACUGCCAUUAAAGCGACCUCACUCCGCCGCCUAAAGAAUCAGGGUUCAUCUUCAUCUUCUUCCAUUACUCCUGUCCGUGAACAAAGGGCAGAAGAAAUGUCGGCGGAGGAGGAACACAGGUUGAUCGAGGAAGAUAGGAAGGAAGCGAUUCAAUGCCCUGCUUCGGCGAGGAAGAAAACGCGCUUACUUUUGAUCCUCUUUGCUGCUGUUCUUGUCAUCGGACUCUCUUUCCUCCUCCUCUAUCCGAACUCCUCCGGCUCCGGCGUCCGCUCCUGCCCUGCUUCGUCUACUAGAUUUACGGCUAAUCAUAGAUGGAAUCAUGGAGGUCAGUGCGACCUAUUUUCUGGGGAAUGGAUAUGUGAUCCUUAUGGUCCCAUUUACACCAACAACAGCUGCAAUUUGAUCGAAGCUCCGCAAAAUUGUAUGAGGAAUGGUCGUCCCGAUACCGACUUUCUGUACUGGCGAUGGAAACCGUUUGGCUGCGAGUUACCACCUUUCGAUCCAUUUAAAUUUAUCAAAGCCAUGAAAAAUAAAUCAUGGGCAUUCAUUGGUGAUUCAAUUUUCAGAAACCACAUCCAGUCGCUGCUUUGCCUUCUCUCCAAGAUUGAAGAGCCUGUUGAGGUCUACCAUGACAAGGCAUACAAAUCCAGAACAUGGUACUUUGUCAAUCACAACUUAACCAUAGCAGUCAUCUGGUCUCCAUUCAUGAUCAAAUCCGAGACCUUUGAGGAUGACGACGGGAAAUCCAAAGCUCCCAUCCAACUUCAUCUCGACAUUCUUGAGCAAAAAUGGACGGGCCAAUACGACAAAUACGACUACGUCAUCUUCUCUGGCGGGCAAUGGUUUCUCAAAACAAUGAUCAUGUGGGAGAACAGUUCAGUCGUUGGCUGUCACAACUGCGGCGACGAUAACCUGAAAGAGCUGGGCUUUGAUUACCCAUACAGAAAAGCUCUCCAGAUGUGCUAUGAUUUCGUGGCCUCGUCGGAACACAAGCCUCUAGUCUUUUUCAGAACAUGGACUCCAGACCACUUUGAGCAUGGAGAGUGGUUCAGUGGAGGAGUGUGCAACAGAAGAAGCCCCUAUGAAGAAGGAGACUACAGUGGCAAGCCUGUGGACCAUGAAAUGAGAGCUAUUGAGGUGGAGGAGUUCGAGAAGGCUCGGGGGGAACGGAGGAAGAAGAAGGGGACUCGAGGAUUGAGACUGCUCGACACAUUCUAUCUGUCUCUGCUGAGGCCAGAUGGGCAUCCAGGGCCUUAUAGGACCUUCCACCCCUUUGCUAAGGGGAAGAAAGCUCCAGUUCAGAAUGAUUGUCUUCAUUGGUGCUUGCCUGGCCCUAUUGAUACUUGGAAUGAAUUGAUAAUGAAGAUACUGGUUGAUGAAGGAGAUAUUCUUGUAUGAGUUAUGUAAAUUAUUAGGUUUAUAAGUCUUUUGACUUUCUUAAAUAUGAUCUUAAAUAGUUUUAGAGUUAAUCAUUUUUG